GCGAUAUUAUGGGAUAUCGAAGCGAUUCGAUUUUUACGCGAAAAUUACCGAAUCGUAGGAUCCUUUAUUGGAUGUCUCCCACGAUAUCCAUUACAAAAUCAAUUAUUUGGGUUGCCUAUGACAUUGAUGCCUGAAGAAGUAACUUUACUUCUUUCUAAAGGAAUAAUCGUUUUGGUUGAUGAUGCAAAGAGUCAUCGAUCACCCACGCAAGCGCAGAUCGAGGAAUCUGAACAAAUGAGGUCUCAAGAAGAGAAUAAACAGUUACAGGAAUAUAUAAAAUCUAUAGAGAAAAAAAAAUUAAAGAUUGAACUCUUACGAAAAAAUAAUGAUUCAAGUCAGCCGAAUGACCCAAAAGAAAAUGAUAUACCACUUCAGCAAAAGCAAGAAGUUCAGGAUCAGCAAAAUUCUUUAGAUCUUGAAAACCAAACAUCAAAAAUAAGUGGUUUCGCGCCAUUGAUUAAUAUUAAAACAACAUCUUCAUUUCCUUGGUAUAAUGAUAAUGGGAAUUGUUAUAGUUCCAUCGAUAUAGCAAAGCAAAACAAUUUAUGGGUUUGGCCGAACGUUCAAAAGGAUAUACAGAAAUACAAAGUGUAUUGUGAUUUGUGGGAUCAAGGAUAUUAUAUCACAAGUGGUAUUAAAUUUGGUGGCGAUUAUCUUUUAUAUCCUGGGGAUCCACUCAGAUAUCAUAGUCAUUUUAUAGCUACUGUCCUUGAUAUAGAUAGAAUAAUAUCUCCCAUGGAUAUUAUUACAUUCGGUCGUCUUGGAACUGCUGUUAAAAAGUCAUACAUGCUAUGUUCUUGGGAUCAGCAACAGGAUAAAGCUGUAUAUCAUUGUUUAGAAUGGUCAGGAUUUGGUUAA